UGUGUAGGUGCUAAUUUGGAUGAAUGAACGAACAAGACAAGCAGAUAUUAUCUAUCCACUUUUGGAGAUAAAUCACACUUUCUAGAGCGAUAAUCCUAAGCUACAGAAAUUGAUCUGCGAUAAUCUGUUUCGCAGUCCUUUUCGUGUGUCGGCGCCUAUGGGAGGUUGAAUUGAUAAUUUUUUUGCCGGACGGGGGUUUUCCGGGGGCAAUGGCUAUCGGUGCGGUGUUUUCUCACCGGAAUUUUGGCUCUUACAUCGGUUCAGGAUGCGGAUAUUGUGGAGAAAAAGCAGCAAAAGAUCAACCAAGUGGCUUGCAAUUUAAUGCUGUUUCAUUGCGCUAUUCAAAUAAAAGCAUGUCUUGCAGUGCCAUAUAUCACCCGAGGUCAACCUUCCCAGGCACCAUGAAUCAAUUACUGCAUCCUGCAAUGGAUCAAGUGAACAGAGAAAUUUCACGAUCAAUUUCAGUAUUGCAUUUUAAAGCAGAUUCACGUUUCAUAAUGUCCAACCAAAUGGUUGAGAAGCGUAGAGCCAUUGCACCAAAGAGAAAAAUUAGGGCAAUAAAUCAAUGCAGCCUUUCGUCAUUUUACUCUGAUGCCAGUUGGAUUCAAUCAACGAAGUUCGAUAAGCUUGGUUUUAUUGGUAGCCAAAAAUUUCUGUCAAAACAUUCAACAGUGACGAGGACUCGAGCUGAUUUCAAAUCUGAAGAGCAUGACAUAACUGGUACUGAGUUGCAGCCAUUCGUAUCAUCUCGCGGGGCAAGUGAAGCCACGGUACUUGAAGGAGUUGAGCCAACAAAGCAAUGGUGGGAGCAGUUUCCAAAGCGUUGGGUGAUGGUGCUUCUAUGUUUUGCAUCAUUUCUGUUGUGCAACAUGGAUAGGGUGAAUAUGAGCAUAGCGAUACUCCCCAUGUCCAAGGAAUUCAACUGGAGCAGUGCUACUGUUGGCCUAAUUCAAUCUUCUUUCUUCUGGGGUUAUCUACUGACUCAGAUUGUUGGAGGCAUAUGGGCUGAUAGAAUUGGUGGGAAGCUAGUUCUUGGUUUUGGAGUAGUUUGGUGGUCGCUAGCAACAAUUUUGACGCCAAUUGCUGCAAAGAUUGGGCUUCCUUUCUUACUUAUUACGCGAGCCUUUAUGGGAAUUGGCGAGGGUGUGGCUAUGCCUGCCAUGAACAAUUUGUUAUCAAAAUGGGUUCCUGUCUCUGAGAGAAGCCGAUCUCUUGCACUAGUUUACAGUGGCAUGUAUCUUGGUUCAGUUACCGGUCUGGCAGUUUCUCCCAUAAUGAUCCACAAGUUUGGGUGGCCAUCUGUUUUUUAUUCUUUCGGAUCCCUUGGAAGCAUCUGGUUUGCACUGUGGUUGAGCAAAGCGCACAGUUCACCUAGUGAAGAUCCAAAUCUAAGUUUGGAAGAAAAGAAGCUGAUCAUGGGAGGCAGUAUAUCCAAGGAUCCCGUCUCCAGAAUUCCAUGGAAGAAGAUUCUGUCAAAAGCCCCUGUCUGGGCCCUUAUUAUUUCCCAUUUCUGCCAUAACUGGGGAACAUUUAUUCUUCUUACAUGGAUGCCGACUUAUUAUAACCAGGUUUUGAAGUUCAACCUCACUGAAUCGGGAUUAUUCUGUGUGCUUCCAUGGCUCACCAUGGCUGUGUUUGCGAAUAUAGGCGGUUGGAUUGCUGACACCCUUGUGAGCAGAGGUCUGUCAAUUACAUCUGUUCGAAAGAUAAUGCAAUCGAUUGGAUUCCUUGGCCCUGCUUUUUUCCUAGCGCAGCUUAGUCGUGUGAAAACACCUGCUUUGGCAGUUCUAUGCAUGGCUUGCAGUCAGGGUUCAGAUGCAUUCUCGCAGUCUGGCCUAUACUCCAAUCACCAGGAUAUUGGCCCUCGUUAUUCUGGAGUACUCUUGGGACUGUCCAACACAGCCGGUGUACUUGCAGGUGUAUUCGGAACAGCUGCAACUGGUUACAUUCUCCAGAAAGGUUCUUGGGACGACGUUUUCAAAGUGGCUGUUGUAUUGUACAUCGUAGGCACAUUAGUGUGGAACUUGUUUUCCACCGGAGAGAAAAUUCUUGACUAGAUUGAUCACGGAAAAUUCUUGAGCGACGACAACGGGAAAAAGUGUAGUAAAAACAUGCCUGCACUACACUACACUACACUACACUACACUACACACAACAGGUUUGUAAGAAUUACGGGAAAAAUUUAUAUCUACAUACAACAGGACAGGUGGUGAUGAAGCUUAAUUUGGCAAUGCUGGAUUGAACAGGUAUGUAUGUGUUUAUGUUGUUUGUUGGCAUAUUGGUGCAUAAAGCUAAAUGCAUACUUGAUGUGUGUAUAUGCAUGCUGUUGUGAUGAGUAACAACAUGCUGCUAUAUGUAGAUGUGCAUUUAUUAUUUAUUGCAUUGCUUGAUUUAAGGAGUUUAUUACAAAA